AAACAUGGUGUCAGUCUUGAGUCUCUCGACUUACACAACUGUUCUGGAGGAGAAAUACAUAUUCUCGUAAAACCCUAAAUCUGAUAUCGGUAUUCAUCAGGGUUCAAGUCGAGAACGAAAUUAAUCAGUUCUAGAAGUCAAUUUACAGAAACAAGGUGGUGGUCUUCUUCUUCAUCUAAAAUUGUAACAAACAUGGAAGAAAACAAGAUAGAUUUGAAGAAGGAACCGGAGAUUCCAAAGGUGGAGACAGCUGAAGAACUUGAGAGGAAGAAGAAGAAAGAAGAGAAGGCCAAGGAGAAAGAAUUGAAGAAGUUAAAGGCGUUGGAGAAAGCAGCAGCGGCGAAAAACCAGGCACAGAAGGGUGCUGCUGCUAGUAAGAAAAGUGAGAAGAAAAUUGUUAAGAAAGAUGCUGUGGAAGAAAAUCUUGAGGAUUAUGUUGACCCUGCGACUAAUCCUGGAGAGAAGAAACAUCUUUCCCGUCAAAUGGCAAAGCAGUAUAGUCCAACAGUUGUGGAGAAAUCGUGGUAUGCAUGGUGGGAGAAAUCAGGUUAUUUUAUUGCAGAUGCUAACAGUACUAAACCUGCCUUCACAAUUGUACUCCCACCCCCGAAUGUGACUGGGGCCCUACACAUUGGCCAUGCUCUAACUGCUGCUAUUCAGGAUACAAUUUGUCGUUGGAGGAGAAUGUCUGGCUUCAACGUUUGUUGGGUUCCAGGGAUGGAUCAUGCUGGCAUAGCAACACAGGUAGUUGUGGAGAAAAAGAUAAUGCGUGAUAGUAAAAGAACAAGGCAUGAUAUUGGUCGUGAAGAUUUUGUGAAAGAAGUGUGGAAAUGGAAGAAUGAGCAUGAAAAUACAAUAUUAAAUCAGGAACGACGGAUAGGUGUCUCUCUCGACUGGUCUCGUGAGUGCUUUACAAUGGACGAGCCAAGAUCGAAAGCUGUGACUGAAGCUUUUGUUCGCCUUUAUGAAGAUGGUCUCAUAUAUAGGGAUAACCGCCUUGUGAACUGGGAUUGCGUCUUGCGGACGGCUAUAUCUGAUAUUGAAGUGGAUUACAAAGACAUAAAGGAAAGAACGCUGUUAAAGGUUCCCGGUUAUGAUACCCCAGUAGAGUUUGGUGUACUUACAUCUUUUGCUUACCCUUUGGAGUACCCUUUGGGAGAGUUAAAAGAGAUAGUUGUUGCCACAACUAGAGUGGAGACGAUGCUAGGUGAUACUGGCAUAGCUGUCCAUCCUGAAGACGAGAGGUACACUAAACUUCAUGGAAAGUAUGCAAUUCAUCCAUUCAAUGGAAGGAGACUGCCCAUUAUUUGUGACGCAAUACUUGUUGAUCCACAAUUUGGGACAGGUGCUGUUAAGAUCACACCUGCUCAUGAUCCAAAUGAUUUUGAAGUUGGAAAACGUCAUAAUCUGGAAUUUAUCAACAUCUUGACCAAUGAUGGAUUAAUUAACAGCAAUGGUGGGUCAGCUUUUAAGGGCAUGCCGCGGUUUGAAGCUCGUGUAGCUGUUAUUGCGGCACUAGAGAAGAAGGAUCUCUUAAGAGGUGCUCAGAAUAACGAGAUGCGUCUUGGUGUUUGCUCAAGGACUAACGAUGUUGUGGAACCGAUGAUUAAGCCCCAAUGGUAUGUUAAUUGUAAUGGUAUGGCAAAGCAAGCUCUCGAUGCUGUUGUGGAUGAGAAGUGUAAGAAAAUUGAAAUCAUUCCAAAGCAGUAUACUGCUGAGUGGAAAAGGUGGUUGGUUAACAUCCGAGAUUGGUGCAUUUCAAGGCAACUGUGGUGGGGACAUCGUGUUCCAGCAUGGUAUGUUGCACUGGAGGAUGACCAGUUACAAGAAUAUGGUGUGUAUGCUGAUCAUUGGGUGGUUGGGAGAGAUGAAGAGGAAGCUCGGUCCGAGGCUACUAAAAAAUUUGUUGGAAAGAAAUUUCAGAUGAUUCAAGAUCCGGAUGUAUUGGACACUUGGUUUUCUUCUGGAUUGUUUCCGUUAUCUGUGCUGGGAUGGCCUGAUAAUACUGCUGAUUUUAGAGCAUUUUAUCCAACUUCAGUUCUUGAAACUGGACAUGACAUUCUCUUCUUUUGGGUAGCACGUAUGGUUAUGCUAGGAAUGCAGCUCAGUGGUGAUGUACCUUUCAGAAAGGUUUACUUGCAUCCAAUGAUUCGUGAUGCACACGGUCGUAAAAUGUCAAAAUCUUUGGGAAAUGUGAUUGAUCCGCUUGAAGUAAUAAAUGGGGUAACCUUGGAAAACCUCCACAAAAGGCUGGAGGAGGGUAACCUGGAUCCUAAUGAGCUAGUUGUUGCCAAAGAGGGACAAGUGAAAGACUUCCCUAAUGGCAUUGCUGAAUGUGGUGCAGAUGCGCUGCGGUUCGCCCUUGUCUCUUAUACAGCUCAGUCGGAUAAGAUAAAUUUGGAUAUCCAAAGAGUUGUUGGUUAUCGACAAUGGUGCAACAAACUGUGGAAUGCCAUUCGCUUUGCAAUGACCAAGCUCGGCGACAAUUACAUUCCUCCAACGAAAUUAAAUCCGGAUUCUCUUCCAUUCAGCUGCAAGUGGAUACUAUCAGUGUUGAACAAAGCCAUAUCCAAGACAGUUACGUCACUCGAAUCGUACGAGUUUUCUGAUGCUUCCACAGCAGUAUAUUCAUGGUGGCAAUUCCAAUUAUGUGAUAUAUUCAUUGAAGCAAUUAAACCUUACUUUGUGGGGGAUGAUAAGUUUAAUGAUGAACGAAGUGCUGCACGUGAUACUCUGUGGAUUUGUUUGGACAACGGUUUGCGGUUGCUCCACCCAUUUAUGCCUUACGUUACUGAAGAAUUGUGGCAGCGUCUUCCUCAAGUAGCUGGAAACCGUGCCAAGAAGGAAUCAAUCAUGAUUUCUGAGUACCCAUCAGUUGUAAAGGAGUGGACAAAUGAAGCAAUUGAAAAUGAGAUGGAUCUGGUUGAAACUCUUGUGAAGUCAAUUAGAUCUAUUCGUGCUGAUUUACCUCCAAAUGAAAGGCUAGGAAGGAAACCAGCUUUUGUGGUUUGCCGGUCAGACGCUGUUGGAGAUGUUAUCAGAAGCCGUGAACUUGAGAUAUCAACUCUUGCUUCGUUGUCAUCUUUUGAGAUUGUGGCUGAGAAUGACGCUAACCUUGCAACAUGUCUUGUUAAUGUUGCAAAUGAGCACUUCUCAACUUACCUACAACAGGCCCAAGGAUCGCUCAAUGCAGAAGCUGAACGGGAAAAACUAAUAAAAAAGAAGGAUGAUAUACAAAAGCAAAGAGAUGCUUUGCAACAAAAGAUGAACUCUAUAGGUUAUGAAGUUAAGGUUCCAGAGCAUAUUCGCGCAGAAAACGAUAAGAAACUAGCCAAAUUGUUGCAAGAGCUGAAGAUUGUGGAAGAUGCAUUUGAGAUUUUAGAACAACCUUGAGUUCUGAUUUUUGCAGAAAUACAAUCACAGAUGGAUUGAAACUACUACUGACAGCUUUAAGAUUUUAGGGAUUUUGUUGGUGGGAAAUUUCCGCCAUUUGACUCACUGAAAUAUAUGAUUAAAAGUGUUCCAUCUUUUUCCUUAGUCAAAUGUUUGAUAGUGUUUUAUUUUGGCUUUGAGAUGGCAAAUGACCCACUUGAAUGCUAGGUGUUUUGGACUUGCAAGUUAGAAACCAUACUUUAGCUUUAAAGUGCCUUUUAGGAUUUCCAGGUGUCUUUCUUAAUAGUGUUGUCAGGGAUGAGUUUUAACCAUCCUUAUCAGAAGCUGGUGAACACAGUUUUUAUCAUAACUCUGGAGACUCCGCUUGUUUGGUUGAUUUCUAGAAAGCAUUGGGAAUCAGAGUUACAUUUUUUUUC